AACAUCAUUAUCAAUUUUUCAAUUUUUCCUAAUAUAAUUGACUCAAGAUUGUUGAAAUUCUCUUUAUUGGAGAUGACUUUGAGUAUUAGUAAUAUUUAUAUUUCACAUAUGUGAAAUAAGUUCAUUUCAUAUACAAAUUCUAGGGCUUGUAUAAAGGAUCAAAUUUGAUACAACUAUAAUAUAUGUUCAAUUAUUUUUUAUCACUAUUGUUACACCAGCCCAAUUCCGAAGAUAAAUCAACUCUUUCCACCGGAGAUGAGAACGAUACACGGCGGUAUUAUUCCUAUUUCCCGCAGCUUUAAAGGUGAGAUUUUGAAUUGAUCAGAUAUGAAGGAUUCUAUCAACAACCCUAAAAGGGUAAGCUUUUGGAUUUGAACCUUAAAAGGUAAUUCAAAUUCAUUGAAAUUGCUAGAUAUGAAGGGUUCUGUCAACAACCCUAAAAGGGUAAGCUUUUUGGAUUUGAACCUUAAAAGGUAAUUCUAAGUAGCCCAUGCUAUUUACAUAUUACUAUUAUUGUUAUGUAAAAUGUAUUAAGAGCCUUGAUUGUAUUUGAUUAGUUGUUAUUGAAGAAUUGGGGGAAUUGGGGCUUUUACUAUUACCGCCUUUACGAUAUUUUCUCUCUAUCAGUGACCAGUUAUAUAGCCUCCCGGAAAGUGAUGAAUUGUUUUUUAUCAGGGGUUUGAAACCAUCGGCAACAGCAUUCAAAAUACUGUUGUUCAAACCUUAUGCCUUGAGGAUCCAUUACUUUGAUUUGGGUAAUGGGAUAAUGAAAUUGAUCUCAAUUAGCAAGGGAGCAUAAGAAAUCCUUUUAAGCUUAGUUGUACAAUCAGCAACACAUAUAGGUGUUCAUAGCACACUAGCAAUCCUACUUAGGGACUUAGGACCCCAACAACUAAAUAGAAGAUUGAGGAACGUCACUAUAGAGGGAUAACUUUCAAUACCUCAUCCUUAGAAUCGAAACUGGCCACCCAAGGUUUAACAACAGACAUAGACUUAGUAUUGAUCAUGUGAGGGCCAAAACUAAGUAUUCCAUCUUUAUCUGUUAUUGAUUGUAAUUCACAACAUAAUAACCCUCAUUGUGAUAAUAGACUCUAGCUUUUUGAGUGAAUUUACCAUUGCUUUCAAGGAAUCUAGCUACAAUUGCUAUAGUUGGGGAAUCCCAAAUAAUAUAUAGGUACAAUGGCAAAGGGUUCAUGUCAGCCGAAAUAUUAAUUCCCUUCAACACUUGAUACAUCUUAUUUGUACAUUCAUUGACCCAAUUCUUUUUCUUUACCUUAUGUAAUUGUUUCUCCAAUUUCUCAGUCCUUAGCUUCGUCAACUCUUCUCCCGUCAUCAUGUGUUUUGAUUGAUCUAACACCGAAAGUUACUAAACCUUUUACAGGUAUUGAAUGCAUUAGCAUAAUUUAAAAACAAAUCAGGUUGGUUUUGCUAAGGACUAUAGACAAUUAUAGUCAUUUUAACACCACAAAGCGUAGUGAGUUCAUAAGCCUUUUUAAAUAACCCUUUCAAUCUUAACUUGCAAGAGACUUUCCUCUUGGCCUUAUUUCCAAUCAAAGCAAACUUCACUUUGGUUCUGGGCAUGGCUAAAGAUGAGGAAUAGUAGAAGAUAUUUGUUUGUUUGGAUAUUCAAGAUCAAAUAGCUUUGUUGUGGUGAGUUUCUUUGUCUUGGAUUGACUUUUAUUGAUAGACGGAAUUUAGAUUGUGUAAAUCUCUGAAUGGUUUGAAUUAAAAGAUAUUUAGGUGUCACCCAUAACUAUUAUGACAUAAAACUAAUUAAUGGUGCAUCAUAUACCAAAUUAGAUGGUAUGUUUUUGAUAAAUAUGCAGUCUAUGGCUUCGGUCUUAUCCUGACCAAUUUCUUAGUCAGACUUUUCUUUUUAAGAAAAUAAUUUAAUAAUUUAAGAAAACUUUUCUUAUCCUGAAUAAAUAUUGAAUAUUUUCUUAAUAAGAAAAGUUUGACUAAAAAAUUGGUCAGGAUAAGACCGAAGCCAUAAACUGCAUAUUUUUCAAAAUGAUAUAUCUAAUUUGGUAUAUGAUGCACCAUUAAUUAGUUUUAUGCCAUAAUAGGUAUGGGCGACACCUAAAUAUCUUCUAAUUCAAACUAUUCAAAAAUUUACACAAUCUAAAUUUCGUCUAUAAAUAGAAGUCAAUCCUAGACAAAGAAACUCACUAAACAAAGCCAUUCAAUCUCGAAUAUCCAAACAAACACAUAUCUCCUACUAUUCCUCAUCUUUAGCCAUGCCUAGAACAAAAGUGAAGUUUGCUUUGAUUGAAAAUGAGGCUAAGAGGAAAGCCUCUUACAAGCAAAGAUUGAAAGGGUUAUUUAAAACGGCUAAUGAACUUAGUACACUUUGUGGUGUUGAAAUGGCCAUAACCGUCUAUAGUCCUUACCAGAUUCAACCUAUUUUGUUUCCAAAUAAUGCUAACGCAUUCAAUACCUUUAAAAGGUUUAGUGAGCUUUCGGUGUUAGAUCAAUCAAAACACAUGAUGACGGGAGAAGAGUUCACGAAGCGAAGGACUGAGAAGUUGGAGAAACAAUUACAUAAGGUAAGGAAAGAAAACAGGGUGAAUGAGUGCACAAAUAAGAUGUAUCGAGUGUUGAAGGGAAUUGAUAUUCCUGCUGACAUGAACCCUUACGAUCUGAACGAUUUGAGUUUCGUUAUAAAACAAAACCUCAAACAGGUAUGUGAAAUGAUGAAAGCGAAGAUUGACGGAGAGGGUUCCACAUUAAAUGCCCAUCAACCUAUGGUACCUCAUGGGCCCAACUCUGAGGAGCCAAGGGCUCCUUUGCUAGAUAUAAUUAGGGCUCCAGUAUCAAUAGUUCCUUUGGUGGCUCCAUCAACUGCUAUUGGUGCAGCCAACUUCGAAGGGCUUAGUACUGAUUUGUUGGUCCCUGUUGUCGAUCCAAUAUCGAUGGUUCCUCCGGCGGAUCCAUCGAUGGUUCCUCAAGCGGAUCCAUUGAUGGUUCUUCAAGCGGAUCCAUUGAUGGUUCCUUCAGCCGCUCCUGCUCAAAUGCCCAAACCAUUGAGUAAUCUGAUGGAUCCUCUCGUAAAAUCUUCAAGGUCUUCUCCUCCUCCUUUUUCUCCAUUUUCUUUAGAAAAUUUCCCUGAAAUGUUUGUACAAUCGUAUCCUCCAUUACCUCAAGAAAUGGCUUUUAGAAGGGCUCCUAGAAUGGCUCCUCCAACAAAAAUGGCUUCUCCAAUACCUUCAACAAUAAUUACUCCUCCAAUGGCUUGCUCGGAGCCAUCGAUGGCUUCUUCAUCCGCUCCCGUUCAAAUGCUCGAACCAAUGUGUCAUAUGGUGGUUCCUUCGAGGACUCCUCAACCGGUUCCUUUUGUAGACCCUUCGAGGUUUCCUCCGCUUCCUCUCUCUCCGUCUUCUUUAGACAUGUUUCCUCCAAUGUUUCCACAAUUGUAUCCUCCAUAACCUCAAGAAAUGGUUUUUAGAAGGGCUGAUGAAAUGCCCCCUCCAAUGCAUCCAACAACAAUGGCUUUUCCAAUACUUUCACCAAUAACGGCUUCGCUGGUUUUCGAGAGUCCAACAUUAUCUGAGAUGCUGGUCGGAAAUUAUGAUGAUGAUGUAAUGCUUUAAUUAAUGAUACAAACCACCACAACAAUUUAUAAGGAUCUAGGACUAGUAUGUCUCUUUUAAUUAGCAUUGUUUUGUAGGUUCGUGUUGUCCUGUGGACUAUUUGUGUUAUUUGCUGUUUUCCAUGUUUAAAUUGUGUUAUAGGACUCUUCAUAUCUCUUUCCAUGUGUCCUCAUUUGAAGUGUCUGUUGUUGUUUUUCUUUUUCUUGUUCAAAGUGUGGUAUCAUUCACUUAUUAAAUCUGUAUUCAGUUUUUUUUAAUGUUUACUAGAUACUCGUAUGUUUAUUUGUUCCUUUAUUACUAUUAUUGAAAAUGUUAUUGUUAGUAUGGUUUUCAAAUAUGACCUCUUCCACUUCAAAAAUCUAUCAUCAGUGUACAUAUCGGGUAAAUAUUCAUGCUCAAAAUUUCCUGUGUAAACUAAUACAACAACAAAAACAUACCCAACAUAGUUCCACUAAGUGGGAAAGUGUAAAAUCAUAACACAUCUAAAGUUGAGAAUGAAUUAGAAAGUAAAGAAGAUUAUUGUAAAGACCUAUUUAAACAUCCAUGUAAUGGAAAAAUAAAGUCUAAAAUAGUGUCUGUUUUAAAAAAUCAAGAUAUAAUUAAUUAUUUGUUUCUUCUUGUAAAGAAAUGGAUCUUGGGCCUAAUCCAAAAGCUAGCUCUUAAGGGAGGAUUAUUCAAGUCUAUAUAAGGAAACCGCCAUUUCUUUUUCAUCCGAUUUGGGACUUGAGCAAUUAAAUCUAGGGACCCAUCAUAGGUAAACAAUAAUAAGGAUGGUUCCUGCUCUAGUACCAUGUAAGAAAUGGAUCAUGGGUGUAACUCAACCUAAGAAAUGAGCUCUUGAGGGAAUAUUGCCCAAGUUUAUAUAAGGAGACCACCCAUCCGUUUUUCAUCCGAUUUGGGACUCUUCAACACCCGGUUCACACCCAAGACUAGACAUCCGAUUAUCUGUAGUAUCUAUGAUUAGUUUCCUUCAAUAUAUAUAUUGGGCUGGUACUAAUAUUAGGUUUACAAAAACAAUAAUAAUUACUAUGUUCCAGUCUCAAAUUAGUGGGUAGUCAUCCAUAUGAGUCUUCACUUCUUCAUUCAAGCUCAUUUGUAUCCUCAUCAUAUAAAAUAAACUAAAAUAAAAUAGAAGUAAAAAUAAGUUGGAUAGCAAUAGCAAUUCUCUAACAAGUUUUUUGUAGCCGACUUUUUGCCUGUAAGAACACCCUACUCACUUCCUCAUCCUCUGGAAUUUCUUGUAUUAACAUUUCACAAUCUUGAAUAGCUGCUUUCCAUCUUCCCAACUGCAUAUAUCAACCAAAACUUUAUGAUAUAUACCUUGUGUGAUCACAUCAUCUAAAAUCUUAAGCGAUUAGAGAGGGUUGGCACACUUUUAUUUACCUAAUUAAUUAUGUCUUCAACAAAUUACCUUGAUGUUGCAGUCAGCUCUCCGCAAUCUAGCCUUUGUAUAGGAAGGACGCAGUACAAGAGCUGCAGUGCAAUCUUCCACAGCUUUUUCGAAUUGUCCUAGCUUGAAUCGACAUGCUGCUCUGUUAAACAGUAGAAUAGAAUUGUAUGGCUCUUGUUCUAGUCCUUCAGUGUACUUGAAAGAAGCCUCUGAGAAUUUAUUUUCUCUGAACAACUCGUUACCUUUUAACCGAGAUGAUGCCAACGCUUCAAUUCUCCUUAGAAUUGUGAUAAUUACUUCAUUGCUUUGAUCCAAUUUUGUUGCUUCUUGAGCUGCAGCUGUAGCCUCCUCAAACAAGCCAACUGUUGCAUAGGCCUCAGCUCGAGUGAUCAAUAAAUAAGCUGUUUUUACUGAACCAAAAAGGCAAGCACAUAGCUCUGUUUUGAUAUGAGCUACUUUCUGAAUUGUGGUGUAUGCUUCCUCGUGUCUAUGCAACUUUAUUAAUGCUUCAGCCCUCAUGGCAAAGAUCUUCAUUUGAAAUCAAGUCAAAGGAAUAAAAAAAUAAGAAUCUUUAAACAUCUAAUUUUCUUUAUAAUAAUUUGUACAUUAGGGAUGGACUAUAGGCCUCAUUUCCCCCCAUUAAGAUUACAACAUGUGAAUCUAUAUGCACAUCUAAAUGAUUAGGAUGUUGUCUUUAGAUUUGAAUACGGAAGGAUUAAUAUUGUGUUUUUCGA